UAUUUACGCCAUUGAGAGACUGCGAUCGGAACAGCUGGCGAAACAUCUGAUGAGUUGUCACAAGUUCUCUGUUUGAUCACGUUGAUGCGCGUUUCUUUUAUCGUUCAUUGACUGUAUGAGCGGACAAAUAAGUUAGUAUCUGCACGUUUGUGUUGGUGCACCAUUCAGAAAAUGCCUCAUAAAUGUUCGGGAUCACAGCAGCGCUGACAUCUGCUGUGCGGUGACCACUGAGCCCACGGAGGAGGAGGAUGAGCACCACAGUGUGCGGACGUUUCCAAGCGAAGAAUGGAUCAUUUUGUUUAAAACGGGUCUACACACUGUGGUAAAGACUGUUUAGUCCGCUUCCGGUGUGAGUUUCCCUUCCUCGGUGCUCUGUGUGGUUACUACACGUCCCCUUGGAGAGCGGCUGUAUCUCAGUCAUGCCCCGGUCAAAUCGACGGUACAAGCCGCUGCAGCAGAGCAACGGCAGCGGCUCCUUCACCGGUUGUGAGCGGGUUCGAAUGCCUCGGGCCCGGGUGUUGCUGCUGUGUCUCCUCGGGAUUCUGGUGCUGACUCUGGUGCUGGGAGUUUAUCUGUCCAAAGACAGCACCAGUGCACAAGUGAACCGCACACCAGCUGUGGACCUGACCAAAGACAGGUUGUCCCACAAACCCAGUAAGUGUUCACCGGCUCAGAUCCGCCGUCUGGCCUCUCAGGUGGACGGCAGUCGUCUGUGGGAAACGUACAUGAGGCCCAUCCUGAUAGAGCGGCUCCCGGGGACAGAGGGCAGUCUGAUUGUACAGCAGCACAUCACCUCCACCAUAUCCUUGCAGUCGGCCGGCUGGUCCAUAGAGCUAGACUCCUUCCGGUCUUCAACCCCUCGAGGCCUGGUUGCCUUCACUAACAUCGUAGCUACUCUGGACCCUUCAGCACCACGGAGGCUGCUCCUCGCCUGCCACUAUGACUCCAAGCUGCUGCCCCCAGAUCCUCGGGCCCCAGAGAAGGUGUUUGUGGGAGCGAGUGACUCAGCAGUGCCAUGUGCUAUGAUCCUGGAGCUCGCCACUUCUCUGGAUGCCCAGCUUAGAUCAUUCAAACAGCAGAAACCUCCAGUCACCCUUCAGCUCGUGUUCUUUGAUGGCGAGGAGUCGUUUGAAGAGUGGACCGCCACAGACUCGCUGUAUGGCUCUCGGCAUCUGGCGGAGCGUAUGGCCAACACGCCUUACCCCGCUGCGUCCUCACACACCACCAUGAUCCAGGCUGUGGACUUAUUUGUGCUGUUGGAUCUACUCGGCGGAGCUGAUCCACUGAUUGCUAAUCACUUUGACAACACAGCGCGCUGGUUUGACCGUCUGAUUGCUGCAGAGAAGCGACUCCACCGGCAGGGUCUUUUGACAUCUCACCCAUCAGAGCAGACGUAUUUUAGGAAGGACGUGUAUCUUGGACCUGUGCAGGACGACCACAUCCCCUUCCUUCACAGAGGUGUUCCUGUGCUGCAUGUCAUUGCCACUCCCUUCCCACAGUUCUGGCACAAGCUGGACGACACGGAGCAGAACAUGCACCGCCCCACUGUGGAGAACCUGACCAAGAUCAUGGCUGUGUUCCUGGCUGAAUACCUGGGUUUCUGAACACAAACUCUGACAGAUAUCUGUGCUCCACACAGCUGUGGCCUGAGGAGCUCUGCUCACUUUAAACCUGCGCCAGAGCACAUGUGCUGUUCCUCUCGCUGUGAUCAAUGACCAGAUGCACAACAAGAUUUCCCCAAUGAAAUAAACUGUACUCAACUGGACACCAGCUUAACUUAACCAAGCACAUUGUCUCCACUGUACUGGCCAGGCUUUGUUGUUUCACACACAAUGGAUGAUUUGAAGACCCAUUUCCAAAUAUGGGCAUAUGUGGUGGGCACAGUCUUAAUUAAAGUAUUAUAGUAAUGUCUUAUGAGCAUGGUACCUGAGGACUAGGAAGAUUUAAAAAACUAAAAAACCAAACCCACUCUUAUUCGAUAGGUUUGCUUCAUUCUUUUAAAAAAAGAAAAGCCUUUAUUUGCUAAGUCUACAGUAUAUUAUCAAGAUGCACUAAUGUCUUUUUAAAGACUGACUUGAGUUCAUCUAAUGUGAGCUGCUGUGAAUGCAGGUCACACAGUGACAACUUUACUUGAGUGAAAAUCAUCUUGGCUUUACAACCAGCCAUUUUAUGUUUGCUAGCUAUUAUGUUCUGUGACUAUCCUGCACUUUUUCUGUCAGUUUAAUGAUGGGAAAAUGAAAAUCCAACAAAUGCUGCCUUCUGUGGUGAAAGAUGAGGAGAGAAAAGGAUGCAAUAAAGUUUACAUGUGUUAACAUCUUUCAGGAUUGGGUUCACCUGUGGGAAGUCAAAAUCACUGAAAGAUUCCGUUACUAGAAAACAGUACACUGAGUGAGCUGAGUACACUUUACAGUCCAUUUGUGAACUGGUAUGUUGAAUUUAAUCCAGACAUGUGAUGCUUACUUUUACGUUUUUGUAUUGUGUUGUCUAUGUAUGAGUCCAAGUACAAUGUCUGAUGCGUCACAUUUCGGUAAUGACUUGUACUUGUGAUUGUUUUACGUCACACCAGAACAAUUUACUUUAAAUUCAAGAAGUAAAACAGUGAAAAGGAAUUGUACUGGACUGGAAGAACUAGUUUCAAGGAGGUGGUGGAUGAAGAUGGUUUUGGGUUUGCUGGGGGCCUGGAGGUGAAAUGUAGAUUUGUGUAGCAGGAAGCAAUAAGUACCAGAAAGCUGCAUGACAAAACAAGACAUUUUUAAUAUAUUUUAUAUUUCAAAAUGUGAACACAUGAUCAUAAAAGACUGAGCAGAAUAAUUCAAUAAAAAAUGAAAUCAAAAA